AGAGGGAGGACGGGAGCGCGGACAGGGCGCGCACUGGGGGGCGCGCGCAGGACAGCGCGCGGACCCGGGCGCGCGGGCUGGGUGUGAGCGUGACGGCGUCGUGGGAGCCAGAAGGGGAGGACUCAGGAGAGCGGAAGGUCGGGAGGGUCGUGUGAAGGUGCAGGGUGUGCGUGCGUGUGCGCGCAGGCGUAGCCAGGGCGAGUGGGGCUCCCCAGAGGAUGCUGAACCGGGAGGCACGCGGAAGAUGCGCAGGAGAUGCACGAGAGAUGCGUGGGAGAGGCGCGGGAGAUACACGGGGGAAUGCAUGGAAGACGCACGGGAGAUGCUCAGGGUUUGUGCAGAAGAUGCACAGGCGACCCACAGGGGGUGCGUGGGAGAUGCUCUGGAGAGGCGCUGGAGGGCGAUGCUCGGAAGCGCGCGAAGAUGCGAGGUGCUGGCAUGUGCUGCUUGCUGUGAGUGUGAGCUUUGAGGGAGAGGAGUGUGAUGCAGCAGAAGUGAAUGUGGGCAGGUCAACCAAGGGUCAUCAUCACACAACACACUUCCUGUCCAGGGCCCAGAUCCCAGCAUCCUCUCUGUCCUCAGUCCCAAAACUCCCAUCAACUCCUGUGUCCCCGGCACCAUGGCUCCCAGCAUCCUCUCGGCCCUCUAGACCACAGCUCCAGUAUCGUGUCCCCAGGACCAUGGCUCCCAGCAUCCUCUCGGUCCUCCAGACCACAGCUCCAGCAUCGUGUCCCCAGGACCAUGGCUCCCAGCAUCCUCUCGGUCCUCCAGACCACCGCUCCAGCAUCGUGUCCCCUGGACCAUGGCUCCCAGCAUCCUCUCGGUCCUCCAGACCACAGCUCCAGCAUCGUGUCCUCUGGACCAUGGCUCCCAGCAUCCUCUCGGGCCUCCAGACCACAGCUCUCUGCUAAGACUCCAGACCCACAGCUGUGAGCAGCAUCAUUCCUUUCCAAGUCUCUUUACCGCUUAGCUUGGGGAACGGGGUUCCCUCUGUGACUUGGUGAGAGUGAUGUGUGAGACUGUUUCAGGGAUACUUGUUCAGGGUAUAUUAGCCUGUUUUCUGUUGUCAUGAUGACAGAGACCGGAUGAGUUGGGAAGGAAGGAGGUGGGCUUUGGCAAACAAACUCUGGGCUUCAUCGGCUGAUGGCCGUCCUGCUGGGAGUCCAAGGGGUGUCACAUGGUGGGAGACAGGGAGCACACAUGCCUCUCCCGGUCUCUCUCCCCGUCUUAUCCAGCAGCCAGUAUUCAAUCAUGAGGGCUCCACCCUGAUGACUUCAUUGAUCCUAAGCAGCCCCACCGGCCCCACCUCUGAGCACCGUAGUUGGAUUAAGUUCCCAUCCUCUUAAUGGCUCACAAGGGGAUUAAAUGUCUCUCCAGUGUGUGUGUGUGUUCCUGUGUGAAUGUGUGUUAUAUGUGGGUGUGUUGUGUGCAAAUGUGUGUGGGUGUGUUUGUUUCAGUGUGAAUGUGUGUGUUGUGUGUGUUUCUG